AGGGCGCGGGAGCGCGGAGAGGGUUUGGUUGCACUUACACCGGUACUUAAGCACGGACCGGCGUGUCCUUGGACUUACAGAGUGGGGACGUCCGGCUUCGGAGCGGGAGUGUUCUUUGCGCCAGCGACUAAAAAGAGAAUUAAAUAUGGGUGAUGUUGAGAAAGGCAAGAAGAUUUUUAUUAUGAAGUGUUCCCAGUGCCACACCGUUGAAAAGGGAGGCAAGCACAAGACUGGGCCAAAUCUCCAUGGUCUCUUCGGGCGGAAGACAGGUCAGGCCCCUGGAUACUCUUACACAGCCGCCAAUAAGAACAAAGGCAUCAUCUGGGGAGAGGAUACACUGAUGGAGUAUUUGGAGAAUCCCAAGAAGUACAUCCCUGGAACAAAAAUGAUCUUUGUCGGCAUUAAGAAGAAGGAAGAAAGGGCAGACUUGAUAGCUUAUCUCAAAAAAGCUACUAAUGAGUAAUAAUUGGCCACUGCCUUAUUUAUUACAAAACAGAAAUGUCUCAUGACUUUUUUAUGUGUACCAUUCUUUAAUCUCAUACACCAGAAUUCAGAUCAUGAAUGACUGACAGAAUAUUUUGUUGGGCAGUCCUGAUUUAAAACUAAGACUGGCUUGUGGUUAAAUGAAUAUGUUCAGUUUUUGAAUUUUAAUAGUAACUCCAAUUCAGUAAAUGCUAUCACUGUUUACCCCUUUUAAAGAUAUGAUUAGACUUCGUUAGUAACGUUCAACUUUUCACAAAGAUGGUGAGUGCCAUCUUAAAACUUACUGGAGAUUGGUUUUAUAUUUAGAUUUAUAUAACUGGUUAUGUGAAUAUAUUUAAAUACUGGGGAAAUUCCUUCACUGUCUUAGAACCAAGCAAGAUUCACCUGUGUUUUGUGUUCAUUUGCCUCUUAAAGGGAAGGGUUGAAGAUAAAUAAGGUAGCAAUGUCUAUAGUUUUGACCUUAACUAUGCCAAUCUAAUUAUAAUUCCCUGUAUUUAAAGUGGUUCCUUUUACUUAUCGAAAGACAUUUUAGUGUGGUUUAUGUGUAAUAUUAAAGAUUAUUCAACACCUCUCACAUCUUACAGAUCUAUAAGGUCACAUGCUUUUAAAAUAGUAGCAAGUUAAACUUCACUCUUGAAUUCUUUACAAUCUAAGUCAAACUAAGUUAUAAUUUAGGAUUGUCUUUAAACAGCCAUUCAGAAACAUAAAACUGUAGAACUGUGUAUUUGUGAUUGGGAAUGGUGCUUUUGCCAACUUAAAAGGAUUAAAGUAACAGAGAUAUACGCAAAUUUUAAAAUUAUAUGUGAUCACAAGACUAAAGAUAAUUAAAAAGAAAACCACAGAUUAUGA